AUGUCUUUAAAACGUAUUAAUAAAGAAUUAUCUGACUUAGGAAGAGAUCCACCAUCAUCAUGUUCCGCUGGUCCAGUCGGUGACGAUUUAUAUCAUUGGCAAGCAUCUAUCAUGGGUCCUCCAGAUUCUCCAUACGCCGGUGGUGUGUUUUUCUUGAGCAUCCACUUCCCAACAGAUUACCCAUUCAAACCACCUAAGAUUGCCUUUACAACCAAAAUCUAUCACCCAAAUAUCAACAGUAAUGGUAACAUCUGUUUAGAUAUCUUAAAAGAUCAAUGGUCUCCUGCAUUAACUAUUUCAAAGGUCUUAUUAUCCAUUUGUUCCUUAUUAACAGACGCUAAUCCUGAUGAUCCAUUGGUUCCAGAAAUCGCCCACAUUUACAAACAAGAUAGAAAGAAAUAUGAAGCUACUGCCAAAGAAUGGACUAAGAAAUAUGCUGUUUGA